ACACCGAAUAAAAAGACAAUACUGCCCAAGAUGUCUGACAGGAAAUCAUCAGGGUCCAGAUCAUUACGACAAGGUCACACUCUUCAUGUUCAUCGUCGUCCAAACGAUCACAUAGCUCCACCGGCACCGCUGCAGCCUUAGCACGUGCUGAAGCCCAAGCUGCUAAAGCAGAAGUAGCAUUUGCAGAAAAGGAAAGCAAAAUCAAAAUGGAACAAGCACGAUUAGAGGCAUCUGUAAAGGUAGAGAAGACACGCUUGGAGGUUUCACUUGACACUCUUCAACUAGAAAAAAGGGCUGCAGCAGCAGAAGCUAAAGCUGAAGCAUUAGAAGCAGCCAUAGAAGAAGAAAGGGAGGACCUGAGCUCCGAAAUUGCUCUGCAAACUCAAGAUUCAGCUGAGCGUGUAAAACAGUACGUGGAGGAUAUGGCAAAGUACACUUCCUAUCAGUCAAUAAAUGAGGGUCUUAGUCAACCACGCAAUGUCACACAGCAUCCUCCCAGAGCUACUGUUCAGUGCCAAAUUCAUAAUAGCAAAUCUAGUCUUAACUAUCAACCUAAGGAGCAUAUUUCAUUUUCUGAAAUCCAAAUUGAGCAUACUGAUGCUCACGUGUCGCACCUAUCAGGUAGAGCAACACAGGAAGUGUGUAAUUCAGAAAGAAAUACGGAUUGCAGAGAUCACGCAGUGGUAUUUAAUGAGAAGAGUCGUCCUCAUACCCACCAGAAUGUAGAUAUUACACAGGCUAAUACUGCUGACAGUCAGAGCAUGUCAGACUUGGUUAGGUUUUUUGCUAGACGUGAACUGGUGUCUUCAGGUCUCUUGCAGUUCAGUGAUCAGCCUGAGAGUUACAGGGCUUGGAAGGCAUCGUUCUGGAAUGCUACAAAGGGUUUAAACCUCACAUGCAGUGAAGAGAUGGACCUCCUAUUGAAGUGGCUUGGUACUGAGUCAGCUGCUCAGGUCCGAAGAAUAAGGGCUGUGCAUAUCCAUAAUCCACAAAAAGGGCUUAAAAUGGCUUGGGAUAGACUUGAUGAGAGUUAUGGGUCACCAGAGGUCAUUGAGAAUUCACUGUUCAAUAGAUUGGAUAGUUUCCCUAAGCUCUCUAACAAGGACCACAGGAAGUUAAGAGAGCUAGGCGACCUCUUAAUGGAGCUUGAAGCCGCUAAACUUGAUGGAGACCUGCCGGGACUCACCUACUUAGAUACAGCCCGUGGUAUCAACCCCAUUGUGCAGAAGCUGCCGUACAAUAUGCAAGAGAAAUGGCUCUCUCACGGCUCUAGGUUUAAAGAAGUGUACAAUGCCCCUUUCCCACCAUUUGGCUAUUUUGUGGAUUUUGUUUGCCAGCAAGCCAAAAUGAGAAAUGAUCCUAGCUUCUCCCUCAUUCCAGGCAGAACAGAACUUCCAGUGAUGGGAAAGUCAGCUCCUAAAUUUGGCAGCCAGAGACCUCCAAUCUCAGUUCACAAGAGUGAGGUGUCUCCUUACACCUCCAAUUCAGCUGACGUAACACAUAAGAGUAAAGGGGAUUAUACUAAGCAAUGCCCUUUACACAACAAACCGCACCCUCUCCAAAAAUGCCGAGGAUUUAGGGAGAAGUCUAUCGAGAAUAGGAAAGCCUUUUUAAAGCAACAUGGCAUUUGUUACAAAUGCUGUGCAUCAUCAACGCAUUUGGCUAAGAACUGUGACAGUAGCAUUAAGUGCGCUGAAUGUGGAAGUGAGAGUCACACCUCAGUCCUGCACCCUGGACCUGCCCCUUGGUCCUCAGAGGCCCAAACCCCUGCACGCCAGCAUGGCGGGGAGGAAGAGAACAAUGGUGAAGAAGCUACGGUUUCCUCAAGCUGUACACAGGUCUGUGGAGGAGAUCUCACUGAAAAAUCAUGUGCUAAGAUUUGCCUAGUGAAAAUCUACCCAGCUGGCCACCGGGAAAAGGCUAUUCGGUUAUAUGCAAUACUGGAUGAUCAGAGCAAUCGCUCAUUAGUGAAGUCUGAGUUCUUUGACCUUUUCAACAUCAAAGGCCACAACUCUCCUUACUCUCUUAAAACAUGUGCUGGUGUGGUUGAGACAGCAGGAAGAAGAGCACAUGGCUUUCAGGUCGAAUCCAUGGAUGGGCAUGUUGUUCUCACUCUACCAACACUGAUCGAGUGUAAUGCGAUUCCAAAUAAUCGCUCUGAAAUACCUACCCCGGAAGCAGCACUGCAUCAUGCACAUCUAAAACCUCUAGUAGAAAAGAUUCCAGAACUCGACCCUCAGGCUCCUAUUAUGGUUUUACUUGGCAGAGACAUAAUAAGGAUCCACAAAGUAAGAAGACAGAUAAAUGGGCCACAUAACUCACCUUAUGCUCAAAAACUAGACUUGGGAUGGGUAAUCGUUGGCAACAUAUGUCUGGGAAAUGUCCACAAGCCAACCACCGUAAGCACCUACUACACCAACACUCUGGAAAAUGGUCGUCACUCUGUGUUUGGACCAUGCCCUAACCGCUAUGUCGUGAAGGAAAAGUGGUAUGGCAGCAAGGCUACACCUGUCUAUGUGGAGGGUCCCACAUCUGAGGGCUGUGGAGGGGACCUAGGCUACGAUGUCUUUCAACAGACAAGAGAGGAUGACAAGAUCGGCCCAUCAGUAGAGGAUUUGCUCUUCCUGAAGUCCAUGGAACAAGGAGUCUAUAAAGACGAGGACAAUAGCUGGGUAGCUCCUUUGCCCUUCAGACAGCCACGUCCUCGCCUUCCUAACAACAGAUCACAAGCAGUAGAUCGUUUAUCCUCACUCCGCCGCUCCUUUAACAAGAAGCCUGAGAUGAAGGAUCAUUUCAUGUCAUUCAUGGAAAAGAUAUUCCAAAAUGGCCAUGCUGAAGAGGCUCCUCCACUGGAAAAGGAUGAGGAAUGCUGGUUCCUUCCUAGCUUUGGAGUCUAUCAUCCAAAGAAACCAGGCCAGAUUCGGGUGGUCUUUGAUUCAAGUGCUCAACACAAAGGAGUCUCACUGAAUCAGGUUCUCCUGACUGGCCCGGACCUCAACAACAGUCUUCUUGGUGUACUAAUCCGCUUUCGGAAGGAUUCCAUUGCUAUCACAGGGGACAUACAACAAAUGUUUCAUUGUUUUGUCGUCAGGCCUGAUGACAGAAAUUUCUUGCGAUUUCUCUGGUAUAGAGACAAUAUCUUGGAAAAUGACAUCACAGAGUAUCGCAUGAAAGUGCAUGUCUUCGGUAAUAGUCCGUCACCGGCUGUUGCCAUUCAUUGUCUCAGACGAGCUGCUGAAGAGGGGGAGAGAGAGUUUGGCAAGGAUGCAAGGCACUUUGUUGAAAGAGAUUUUUAUGUUGACGAUGGGCUGAAGUCCUUACCCACAACAGGGGCUGCAAUUGACUUGCUUAAGAGAACACAGAGCAUGCUGGCUUGCUCCAACCUGAGGUUACAUAAAAUAGCCUCAAACAGCAGGGAGGUAAUGGAGGCAUUUCCCGUGGAGGAUCAUGCCAGUGACCUUAAGGAUCUGGAUCUUGGAGUCGACUCUCUACCGAUACAACGCAGUCUUGGACUCUGCUGGGACUUGAAGACAGACACUUUCCUGUUCAAGGUGGAAGAGGAAAAGAAGCCUUUUACUCGUCGGGGUGUUUUGUCAACAGUGAACAGCUUGUACGACCCGCUAGGAUUCGUGGCACCUGUCACUAUACAAGGCAAGGCUUUGCUAAGAGAACUCUCAAUGGAGACAAGUGACUGGGAUGCUCCAUUACCUUCAGACAAGAAAGAGCUCUGGGAUAAGUGGAGAGAAUCACUGAAGGAGCUUCAGAACCUGAAGAUUCCAAGGCCAUAUACAAGAGUGUCUCCAUCAGAUGCGCAGCGCAAAGAACUCUGUGUCUUUGCGGAUGCUUCAGACAAGGCAAUAGCUGCAGUUGCCUAUCUAAGAAUCACGGAUGCAGAAGGAAACUGCCACAUAGGCUUUGUAUUAGGUAAGGCAAGGUUGGCCCCACGUCCAGAACAGACUAUACCUCGGCUAGAGUUGUGCGCAGCAGUGAUGGCUGUGGAGAUGGCAGAGAUCAUUGCAGCUGAGAUCGACAUAAAGUGUGAUGCUGUCACUUUCUAUACGGACAGCAAGGUAGUUCUGGGCUACAUUUAUAAUGACAAGCGCAGAUUCUACGUUUAUGUCACCAAUCGAAUCCAGAGGAUCAGGAGGAGCACACAGCCCCAACAAUGGCAUUAUGUGUCCACAGAACGUAACCCUGCAGACCAUGCCACAAGGUCUGUCCCAGCAGCCCGCCUGAAAGACACCACCUGGCUCACAGGACCCAUGUUCAUUUCUCAACCAGAGAAAACUACCACCAGGACAGAUGUCUUUGAACUAGUGGACCCAGAACAAGAUAAAGACAUUCGCACACAAGUGACAGUGCUGGCUUCCACCACCCAUGACGGUCAACUUGGAUCUCAACGCUUUGAGCGUUUUUCGACAUGGGGAGCACUUAGUCGUGCACUAUCUUGUCUUAGACAUAUUGUAUGCCUCUUCAAGAAGACCUCAGAUGAUUCUACAUGGAGCUGUAAGGGAUGGCAUCACUGUGGAAGACCAUACACAGUGGAGGAACUCAUUCAGAGCAGGAACGCCAUCAUUCGAUCUGUGCAGCAGGAAACUUAUGCGGAGGAAAUGGAAUGUAUCAGGACCCAAAGAGAAAUUCCCAAGAACAGUCCUUUGAGGAUGCUGGACCCAUUCAUUGAUGAGGAUGGCCUGUUAAGAGUCGGAGGACGCAUCCAGGCAUCACAGUUGGGAUAUGAAGAGAAAAGGCCCCUGAUCAUUCCUGGGAUGCAUCAUGUUGCAUCUCUCCUUGUGAAACAUCACCACGUGGAAACACAACACCAGGGACGCCAAUUUACUGAAGGCGCGGUCCGCUCAGCUGGCUAUUGGAUUGUGGGUGCAAAAAGGUGUGUCAGCAGUUUAAUCUUUAAGUGCAUCACAUGUCGCAAGCUUCGUGGGACCUGUGCAGUUCAGAAAAUGGCAGAUUUACCGCCUGAUAGACUCAGCAUGGAACCACCUUUUACGAACGUUGGCAUUGAUGCAUUUGGACCCUGGACCAUCUCAGCACGGCGUACUAGAGGUGGCUAUGCGGACGAUAAAAGAUGGGCGGUCCUUUUCACCUGCUUAAGCACCAGAGCAAUCCAUCUUGAGGUCAUAGAGUCCAUGGAUAGCUCAAGUUUUAUAAACGCCCUGAGAAGGUUUCUGGCUGUCCGUGGGCCAGUCAAGCAAAUCCGUUCUGAUCGAGGAACGAAUUUCAUUGGAGCUUGCAAGGAUCUAGGAAUCUCCUCCAAUAUUGACAAUAAUGUGGUGAGGAGGUACCUUUCAGAAAAGGGUUGUACAUGGACAUUUAAUCCACCUCAUUCCUCCCACAUGGGAGGGGCAUGGGAGAGAAUGAUCGGCAUUACCCGCAGAAUCCUCGACUCCAUGCUUCUCCAGUCAAGGCCUUCUAGACUUACUCACGAGGUUCUCACCACCUUUAUGGCUGAGGUGAUGGCUAUUGUGAAUAAUAGACCGCUAGUACCAGUGUCAAUGGAUGCACAAGAUCCAUUCAUCCUCACACCUGCCACAUUGCUUACACAGAAAAGUAACCCUCAUCCUAUUCCUCCAGGCAAGUUUGAUGACAAGGAUAUGUACAGGCGACAGUGGCGGCAAGUGCAAAGCCUUGCCAAUACAUUCUGGGACAGAUGGCGGAAACAGUACCUGUCUACCCUGCAGUCACGAAGGAAAUGGGCAUCUAGUAGGCCGAACAUCACACCAGGAUCCGUAGUGCUCAUGAGGGAUUGUCAGUCCAACAGGAAUGACUGGCCUUUGGGGGUAAUAACUCAGGUUUUCCCCAGCAAGGAUGGGAGGGUCCGUAAGGUGGAGGUGAAAAUCAAUGGACGGGAUGGAAUGAAGCUGUUUCUUCGGCCCGUGACGGAGGUGGUCUUGCUGUUCUCUCCUGAGGCCUAGGAACAGGUGCUCUCAUCAUUCUGGCGCCACUCUUUAGUUAUACAUUGUGGUAUCUUGGGAUACCAGGCGGGGAGUGUGCUGCCUUAUCAACCAGUUACUUUCAUUUUCACAAUAGCACCCCCUGCUGUUCAGUUUGUAUACCAGUGGUUUAAUUCAGGUAGUCUGAGUCUCUAGUUGAUGAUGUCAUCAGUGAGUGUCUAGCCAGUCUUCCAUGUCAGAGCAGAGGGCAAGUUCAUGCCUUUGUUUUAUCGGACAUCAUCCAGCCGUUCAAGUCUUUGAAAGCACCGUCGUUUUACCCUACUGCCAGUUACUGCACUAAAGAAGUGAACUAGAGCCUCUUUGUCCGUGUGGUGAUUGGGGAUGGAGUUUAUCUACCUGUCAAUUCAUGCAAGGCGUGUGAAGAGGACAGGACAGAAC